UGCCCCCGGUAAUGAGUUCAGCAGACCACACCACCCUCUGGAGAGCCCUGCGGUUGCGGGCGGUGCAGUUGCCGUACCAGGCAGUGAUACAGCCCGACAGGAUGCUCUCAAUUGUGCAUCUGUAAAGGUUUGUGAGGGUUUUAGGUGCCAAGCCAAAUUUCUUCAGCCUCCUGCGGUUUAAGAGGCUCUGUUGAGCCUUCUUCACAACACUGUCUGCGUGGGUGGACCAUUUAAGUUUGUUAGUGAUGUGUACGCCAAGGAACUUGAAGCUUUCCACCUUCUCCACUGCGGUCCCGUCAAUGUGGAUAGGGGGGUGCACCCUCUGCUGUUUCCUGAAGUCCACGAUCAUCUCCUUUGUUUUGUUGACAUUGAGUGAGAGGUUAUAUUCCAGGCACCACACUCCAAGAGCCCUCACAUCAGUGAAGUGGAGAUGUUGUUUCUUACCUUCACCACCUUGGGGCGGCCCGUCAGGAAGUCCAGGACCCAGUUGCACAGGGCGGGGUUCAGACCCAGGGCCUCAAGCUUAAUGAUGAGCUUGGAGGGUACUAUGGUGUUGAAUACUGAGCUAUAGUCAAUGAACAGCAUUCUUACAUCGGUAUCCCUCUUGUCCAGAUGGGAUAGGGCAGUGUGCAGUGUGAUAGCGAUUACAUUGUCUGUGGAUCUAUUGGGGCGGUAAGCAAAUUGAAGUGGGUCUAGGGUGACAGGUAAGGUAGAGGUGAUGACAGAGGUGAGUGCUACGGGGCGAUAGUCAUUUAGUUCAGUUACCUUUGCUUUCUUGGGUACAGGAAAGCAUUUAGUUGUGUAUAUGCAUAUAGGCCUACAUUCAGGUGAGACACAAACCAAAUACUGUUUUCUCAAAUAGCCCAUCUCUCUAGUGUUGAACAUAAUUGUCAAGUAGAAAUGAGUUGACUAGUACGUGGUCAUCGAAUGUUUCUGUAUCUCUGACUGUGUGUUGUUGUCUGGUCAGAUAAUGAUAGGGGAGGGCCUGAUCUACUGCAUGCAGUCACACCUUAAGAUCCGCCCUGGGGUGGAGGGCAGCAUCAACGCCGGUGGGUGCAACUUCAACUCCUUCCUACGGCGAACGGUGCGCUUCGUAGGUAUGGUUCCACUCUGUGUCAAAUGAAUGUGGCCUGUUCCUGUAUUUAUCCAGUGUGACAAAGACUCACUUUUCUUCCUCCUCUUUCUGUCUUGUCUUCACUGCUCUCCCUUUCUCCCCACGUCACUGCUCGCUCCCUCCUCUUUCUCUCAAUCUCCCCAUCUUUCUCUUACCCUCCUACAACCCGCCCCCCUCUCUCUUUCUAUCUCUGUAUUUCUCUCUCCCUCUCAUUCACCCUCCUCUCCUUUUCACUCCCUUACUCUCUCUCCCCUUCUCCCUGUGUCUUUAGGCGUACAUGUAUUUGGGCUGUGCGCCACAGCUCUAGUAACUGAUGUGAUCCAGUUGGCCACAGGCUAUCACUCCCCCUUCUUUCUGACCGUGUGUAAACCCAACUACACUCAGCCAGGGGUGGCAUGUGACAAAAACCCCUACAUCACCAAGGACAUCUGCUCCAGCCACGACCAGCACACCAUCCUCUCCGCCAGGUAGCUGCAUUACAUAACAUGACAUACACUGUAAAGGGGUUGCCUUGAAUUUGACAGUAAUUUACAGGCAGCUCAUUGGCAAGUAAGUUACUGUAUUUCAUAUUGCAGUACACCUACUGUAAUCCAAAUACAGUAUCAAAGCAAGUGCUGUGUAAUAACACACAGUACAGUACUGUAGAAUUGACUGUAUUAUACUAUAGUAAAGUAAAUGCUACCGUAAUCUUAAUAAAUGGAUGGAUGAAUGAAUGAAAUUCAUUGAGGGGAUUGGGGUUUGUAUUUCACAGUAUUUUGCUGUAAUUACAUGGGAUUGGUGCAAGCAGGUCGGCUGCUAGUUAAUGUGUUUGCACAUUACAGAAUAUCAAUGAAUAUUUCGUGUUCCACUUAACAAACGCUACUAAACUGUCAGCGACUACAUGGCAAAACCAUUGGCAACCAUUAAAGGUUUGUGACGCUUGCCAUUCCAAUCUGCCCCCUAUAUAUUUUUAUUUGAUGGGGAACAACUACCACAUACCAGUUAAAUUGGUACAGCUCUCUCUAACAGGUGCAACAAAUAUAGCCUCUCACAAUACAUGCCUCAAAAUAUGUUAAUGAGCCAGAAACAACAAUAUCAUGCACCCACUAGUGGUCAAAAGGUUUUUAGUGCUCCAAAUAUACGGUACAGCACAGAUUCUAUGGGAUGAAAUUACAAUACCAUUCAAAAUACAGCAAUUAUUUCCCCGGCCACAACAUUUUCCCACAAUGCACCAUCAUUUACAGUACGCUGUAGUAUAAUGCUUACCCAAAAUUACUGUAUAAAUUACAGUUUUCCAUUACAGUGUAACAUGAAAUAAGAUGACAUGACAUAACGUAAAGUGACAUCACAUAACAUAAUAUAUCAUAACACAGUUUAACUUAACACAUAACAUAACCACCUGAACCAGGAGGUUCUGUUCCAAUAUCCACACUAGCAUACCACUUUGAAUGAAGCUAUUGCUAGAGUGGAUAUCAGAAGAUACUGUAGCUCUUGUUUGUCCACAUCUCCUCAUGAGGCACAAUAAACACAGCAAGGGAAAAAGAGAAGCUAAAAAAAAAUGAAGGAUGAAUAUGAAUUUAAUGGGCUUUCAAGGACAUUAUGUAAUAAAGCUCAACUUCUUGUAAAUUCAGUUACAGUUACAGAGCAAAAAAUGAACCUAAAAGGAAUACUGAUGCAGUGGAGAUGAGGACAGAAAAUAAUUUCAAAGUAUUGGAAUGCAGCCUUGGACAGACCAUCUUAUUUUCUCUGGCUGAGGAUGUGUCCCAAUACUGAAAAUGUUCUUGUUUUCUUCCUCUCUGGACCACUGAUCUAAACAGACUGGAUAGGUGAAAGACAUAGCAAUUUCUCCUUUCCUCCAUGUUGCUUUCAGGUAGAUUAUCCAUUCUUAUCCAAUCUAAGGUAGGCUAAGUGAUUAUAAAGGUGGCGUUAGUAAGGACACCAUUUUGGAGUAUUUGGACAAAGAUUCACAGACCAGUCAUAGGCAGAUAAACAGGGAGAUAUGUUUAGACAGAUAUAGCACACCUUGACAGCAACACCACAACACUAACCCGCACUGUAGAAAUGUACAGGUGGGAUCUUUCUUCCUUUACACCACAUUGGCGCUGUUUUCUCCCCUUUCAAGUUGUGAUCAAAGCUGUGUGACAUACGGUGUCUGUCUUUCUGCUUUUCUAGCAUUUCGUCUCAACGCUAACAUGUUUUCUGUUUCUCGACAGGAAAACCUUUCCCUCCCAGCAUGCAACCCUGUCUGCCUUUGCUGCUGUGUACAUAUCAGUAAGUACACCUCCAGGGAUGAAUACACAGUAUGGAAGCUAGUAGUCAGUGGCAUCGGUAACACUUUAUUUGGAUAGUCCAUCUGUAGAUGCUCUACAGACUAUCUACAGACUAUCAGUAACAUUUCAAGUAACAUUUCAGUUCAGAGCAUGGUUAUUGCCUACAGUGUAUUGCUAGGGCCAGGUUAAAUUUUCUGAGGCAGUGUUUCCCUAUAGGCCGCCAGGACUCAACUGACAGAAAAUAAUGUCUGUCGCUUUAAGUCAACUGAAAACAAUAACUGCGACAGAACAUUUUAAGAUAGUUUUAUUGAUUAAACGUGCAGAGAACGCUGUCUUGAUAAGAAAACAUUCCCCAGAUUCCGUCUUUGGUUCUUUUUAAUGCGUUGUUCAAUGGCUGGUCAAGUAUAAUAGCAGUUUGAUUAGCCACAAAUUAGGGCAUUGGGCUAAUAUUGCUUGAGAAUAUAAAUGGAAUCGUAGCCAAAGUAGUCACACCAGAUUCUCAAUGCACAAAUCCUUUGGGCAAAUCUGUCCCCACUAUUUAUUUUAAGGAAGAGCUUAACGUACUGUGCCAAACACACUGGCUUUUCCCACAUAUAUAUUUGGUAACUCUUAAAUAGAAAGGUUUGCUUAUAAACCGCUUAAAAUAUUAUCACAAAGCUUAAAUUAUGUGGAUUUAAUUAACAUGUAGAAGCCUGUUCAGUUUAUUAAAAGUUAACAAGGCAUGUUAUAAUGCCGUUUAUAAGCAUAAAUAAAAUUUAACCAUAUAUCAUCUUCAUAGAUGAAUGGAAUGUAUUUAAUUUUUCUUUUAUAAUAUCUCACCAUGUAUUUUCUCGAUUUCCCUCUUCUUGCAGAUGUACUUUAAUUCAACCAUCUCAGACAGCACCAAGCUGCUAAAGCCAGUGUUGGUGUUUGGGUUUGCCAUCGCUGCGGCGCUAACCGGCCUGACCCAGAUCACCCAGUACCGCAGCCACCCCAUCGACGUCUACGUGGGCUUCCUCAUAGGGGCCGGCAUCGCUGCCUACCUGGUAUGACCUGACUUCCAUUUAAAUCUAUCUUGAAUUCUAUAGUAUAUGACAUUUAUAUAUUUGAUACUGAUGAUUAAUAUUUAUUUCUGUAAAUGUUUUUUUUUUGUUAUCUGCAGGGUAGGAUUUACUGGUGAUUAAAACAUUUAGGAAUAAGACAUUUAAGGAUUCUACCAAAGCUGAUUUACAAAGGCUAUUUAUGCGUACAUACUGUACAUUUCUGAAAGGUAGAUGUGAGGGAAGUCUACCUACUACUUCCUAUAGUAGCCAUUCUGUGAUUUGAUUUGAGGCGAGCACAGGAGAGGAAAGUGUUAUUCGCCAGGCACUGAUGCAGGAUUUCAGCCAAUCAAACUGUACUGCAUACAAUCUCUCCCUCCCCCACUUAAAUGGCUUACCUGCAGUUUAGCGCUAGGCUCUUUGAUAUCUCUAGAUUGCUGCUCUCAUUAAAGUUUCUCACUCCUCCCACUCUCAUUUGGUUUCUGCUUUCAUUCGACUAUCUGUCCUCAGGGAGGGAUGGAGUUCACUAUCAUGCCCAUCAUCUCUCUCUCUCUUUCUCUCUCUCUCUCUCUCUCUCUCUCUCUCUCUCUCUCUCUCUCUCUCUCUCUCUCUCUCUCUCUCUCUCUCUCUCUCUCUCUCUCUCUCUCUCUCUCUCUCUCUCUCUCUCUCUCGCUCUCUCUGCCUCUCUCUCUCUCUCUCUCUCCAUUUUAGAUACUGUCUUUCCAUCGUUCGCCUCAAUGGUGUUUAUUUGAACAGAUUCUGGAAGUGUUUUCCAUGACGUUCUGUCUUUCUAUGGUGGGGCCUACUCUACAUACCCAUUUAUCUUAUCAUGCUCUCUCACUCAUAUGUCCUUUUUUCUCAUAGCUCUUUUCUGUCUCGUAUCUCUUUCCCUCUCUCAUUUCCUCUUUGUCCCUGUGUUCUCUCACUCUUAUCCGAGAUAGAGAGAGCGUGGUUAGAGCUAGCUCAUCAGUUCUGUUGAAGUUGGCUUCCUCUGGAGUGCAAAGCGCAGGGCAAUAACCAGGCAGACGAAUGAUAGUGAAUGAUAAUGCCUUUCCACAGCACUAUUAUACUGAGUAGCCGUGGAGGAGUUUCAGGCCACCAAGACCUUCUCUUCUUCUCUUGCAGGCUUUCCACGCUGUUGGCAAUUUCAGGUCCUCCGACGACAUCAUCAUCAAGCCAGCUCCGCCCCCCCAGAAGGAAGACGCCCUACGAGCACUGACCCAGCGGGGCCACGACUCAGUCUACAACAAAGGCGUAGCUUCAGCAUCGGAGAGCGCCGACGAGAUCGCCGUGCCACCUUCCCUGGACCGGCUGGAAGGCAUGGGGCUUCCGCUGCAGCACGAGAAGGCCUCCAUGGGCAACCUGAACAGGGCCAGCGUGGACGUGGAGCUCCUUGCGCCCCGCAGCCCCAUGGGCCAGCAGACCAUGGUGACCUUCAGCAACACGCUGCCCAGAGCUAGCAUGAACGCUAACGGGGGCAUGGGCACUAAUGGGAGCCCCGAGGAUUCCAUGAUGCAGCCCACCCAGCCUGUAAAGAGGAGGCUCAAGGCUGUGCAGGUGCCCAUGGACCCCAUGCGCUCACAGCAGCUGGUGACGGAGUGGAAGCAGAAGUCCAUGGAGAUGCGGGGUCUGAGCCUCAGGGAUGAGGCCGAGCGGGAGGCCAGUGAGGAGGGCUCCGAAGGGGGAGAGGAAGGGUCUGAGGAAGGGGGGCCACAGGCCUCGCUGUACCCAUCUACGGUGCAGUCCAACAGUGGAGCUUCCACCGGCCAAAUCCCCGUCAGUGUGGGGCCUCCGGGGGGUGUGAGGGUGGGGGCAAUCCCCAGAACCCCCCACAUUCCCGAGAAAGGUCCCCCGCCGGUGUCGCCCAAGAGCGCACUGACCCGCGCCAAGUGGCUGUCCAUCACGGAGAAGAGUGGUGGUUGCGUGUCGCUUCGGGGGGCUCCCAACCAGCCACGCAUCAUGCAGGUGAUCGCCAUGUCUAAACAGCAGGGCCUCCUCCCAUCGUCCUCUUCGGGGGACACGCCCAAGUCCUCCGAGACCACCUCCACCUCCUCCUGCACCUCCUCUACGACCAGCGCCGACUCGCCCCACUACCGCCCGCCCUCGGAGGCCCAGCGCAAUUCGGCCAUCAUUACGGUAGACGCCCACGCCCCCCACCACCCCGUGGUGCACGCCGCCGCCCUGCCCUCCUCGGGCAACGGGAAUCCCUGGAAGUGGAGAGGCGCGUCCGACGGCAGCGACCCACGCGACGCCUACGAGCUAAACGACCUGAACCGCGGCGACCAUGGCGCUGCUCGCGGCAGCGCUGGCAGUUUCCGGCCGCACCACAGCAUCUCGCCCUGCUCCUCCACUGGCGAUGGUGACCACGAAGUGCUCCCCCCUCUGCCCCUCCCUCACGCAGAGGUCCCCCAUGACGGGCGAAGCCGGGAGUCCACUUUACGACGCAAGACCGCGCUAGUUCUCCUGGAGAGGGACAUUCAAUUUCAAAACAAGACUGAGCAGGAGAACUACUAUAAAAAACUACAGGGUGCCCGGAGGUAUAAGGAG